AUGUCUGACGUUCCUCCGGAGGAUAGCGAAAGCGCCCUCUCCACGACCGCCGAUAUAUUUGGCAUACUGACGUUUGCUCUCGGCCUAUUUGCAUCUUGUGUGGCCGUCAUGGCUGCGAUGUACCAUGCAAAUGAAGACGUGGAAUACUACAAAGGCAUCCUGCGGGAGAGUAGAGAGCAAAUAGUGCAGAUGAAGGACCUCUUUGAACAGAUGAACAUCGAGGCUGAUGGGGCUUUUUUGCCGGUCCGGGACCCAAUCAACUCGUCUCUAAAAGAUCUGCAGCAGGAGUUUAACAGCACGGUUGAGAAAUUCAUGGCCUUUGACUUUGCAGACCCGACAAUCAACCCCAUUCCUCAUACUAGCGAAUGUCACGGAACGGGUCAAAGUGUGCCGCGCAGCCUCGAUCCUUCUAGUGCGACUCUCCCGAGCAUUUCGGCAUGGAAGCGGCUUGAGUGGUGGUGGAAAGAGAAAGACAUGCUUCUGAGAAUUACCAAACUACAAAACCAGAAGAAUCAUUUCACGGUAUUGUUGCUGAUUGUCUUAUCGUUGUAA